CAUCAGCCGAAUCGUUAGCACCACGAAUGUUUUUGUGGCGCAAACUGUGGGAUUUGGUUUGGGGUGCACUUCUGUACAUAUUUGGAGCCGGUGAUGGUUUGUUAGAUGAACACACUUCUUUCUCCUCAAACGCGAUGGAAAGCGACGAUGAUAUGGAGCAGGAGGAAACCUUAUCUCAGCCUGGUGACAAUUCGCUAAGUUCGAACCGUUCGGGCUCUACGCAUCGAUCUACCACUUCCUCAAAGAAAAAUAAAGUGCUGGCUCCGAGCUCAGCCGCUACGUGUUCUCGAGCAAAAGGUGGACGUUCACGUGGACGUAACGUUCAAAAUCACGCCAAUUACGUGUUGUCGCCAUUGACAAACGGAGCAACAGCGCUGUCGUCAUCUACAUUGGGGGCCACGUGUGCACUAAACAAUAAUUUAUUGAACCUAGCAACGGGUGGAGUACAGCAGGAUAGACAGAUAUACAGUUCUGUUCCGGGUGUAGCUUAUCCGAGCCUAACGAACAGUUCCGGUGACGCCGCAGAGAAGGAUUCUGCUUCUGGUGUUUGUGCUACUCAGGAAAAGCCCAAGGAUGAUACUAAAUCUUUGAGCGUUAUGGUUUUGAAUUAUUUUAGUCCAAAGGAACUAGAAACGUUGCGUAAUGAUCUGCGGGCAGCACGAUGUCAGGAAGUUGAGCUACGGUAUCUGAUACAGCAGUAUGAGAACGGGGAGAAGCAAAUGAAGGGAGAAUUGGCGCAGAUGAAGCUGAAACAAGAGCAGAGUGACAGCAAGCUUGCAAAUGUCCUGAAAGCACGCGAUCAAGACAGAUCGGCAAUGCAGCUGCUGGAGAAGAGACUGAUUGAGGCGCAGACCAAGAGGAAUGAGCUUGAAAAAGAGCUUAAUGCGGAAAAGCGUAGCAAAAUCAAAGAAGAACAUGCCGCAGCACGAGCUUUAGCAGCUGCCCAGUCCAACAAGUACGCUUCAUUCUUGUAUGUCAUUGUGGAGGAAGUUUGUUGCAUGCAUCCUCGAGAUGAGGUACGAGCGCACGACUAUUCGGAAGUUUUUAGGACUCCGCUCGGCUUGGCCGAGCAAUAUGCACUGGUUUUUGUGCAGGAAGCGCUCAUUUGGGUGUUACUAAAACUCUGCACGGUUCGGUGA